AUGGCGCAGAAGGAUGUGCUCUUAACCAAAGAGCCGGCCCCGCAGGCGGUGCCGCCCUGCAAGCUGCCCUGCAAAGAGUACGACGUGGCCCGCAACACGGGCGCCUAUACGUCCUCCGGCCUGGCCACCGCCGGCUUCCGCACCGCCAAGUACCUGCUGGAGGAGUGGUUUUAGAACUGCUAUGCUGGCUACCACCAGGCCUUCGCCGACCGCCACCAAUCGGAGCGGCAGCGGCACGAGAGCCAGCAGCUGGCCGCGGAGACCCAGGCGCUGGCGCGGCGCACGCAACAAGACUCCACGCCUAGGGUGGGCGAGCGAUUGCAGGACACGCACGGCUGGAAGUCGGAACUGCAGCGCGAGGUGGCGGCGCUGGCUGCGGAAACCGACUUGCUGCUGGCCCAGAAGCAACGGCUGGAACGCGCCCUGGACGCCACGGAGGUGCCCUUCUCCAUCGCCACUGACAACCUGCAGUGCCGUGAGCGCCGCCAGCACCCCAACCUCGUGCGCGACCAUGCGGAGACGGAGCUGCUGAAGGCCCUUCCCCCUGCACCCUCUCAGUGCCUCAAGAACUCCUGCAGCUCCCGCAAACCCUCUGCCCACACCAAGGGCACCUGCCGAGUGACGGAGACACUGACGGUGCAGGAAGAGGCAAACCCGGCGACAGAAGGGCGCAGGACUCGGGCCCUGGCACACAAGGAGUUAGCCGGUGGUUGAGGCAAAGACCAUGAUCGCAGGGAAAAGGCUUGUUGCUACACACAGAAAAUUAAACUGGCCAGGCAGUAAGAAGAAACACAGGGUCCUCCUCCUGUUCUUGGUGUAAGGAUGGCCUUUCCCAGCACAGAGCCCUGAGGGGCAGCCUGGGCGGGCAUCUGGGCCCCCAGAGUUUGGGUCCUCAGAGGCUGUCCAGGGGCCAGGGGCAGGCCAACGUUCCUGGGUGCACUGAGUGAGCAGCAGUGAUGACUCCUGAAGCCUGGGGUGUGGGAACUGCCGCUGAGGGACUUUUCCAGCAGCCCAUAGAAGGCCCUGGAGGAAAACACCUCACUUACAACGCACCAAGGAGAAUGCCCAAAAGCCCAAGAUAAACCCAGUGAGAGAGCAGAACUUGCACAGUCAGAGCUCAGGCCCGGCAUUCAGCUCCUUCUGGUUGCUCAGGUGUUGACCAAGGCCUGCGGCAGCUGGGCCUGCUGGGAUCCUCACCAGGGAGGGGCUCUGGUGCUCAGGGCGUCUCCUCCCUCAGGAAGCCGACCUCAUCCGGAACAUUCAGGAGCUGCUGAAGAGAACCAUCAUGCAAGCAGUGAGCCAGAUCCG